CGCGGCGGCCGCGGGGCUCCAGCAGCAUGUCUGUCACCAGAAAGGACUGGUCCGCGCUGUCCAGCCUGGCCCGGCAGCGGACUCUAGAAGAUGAGGAGGAGCAGGAACGUGAACGCAGGCGCCGGCAUCGCAACAUGAGUUCCACCACAGAUGACGAGGCUCCCAAACUCACCCAGAAUGGGGACCAUCCAGCCAUUGAGAGGCUGCCUAGCGUGGAGGAAGCCGAGGUGCCCAAGCCACCACCCCAAGAUGACGCCGAGGUGCCCAAGCCACCACCCCCAUCCUCCAAAGAUGAAGUUGAGGAAAUCCAAACAAUUCUCAGGACUCGGCAGGAGCGGAGGCAGAGGCGGCAGGCAGUGGAGGCUGCACAGACCCCCAUCCAGGAGAGGCUAGAGGCUGAGGGGGGAAGAGACAGCCUGGGACCUGGGCAGGCCAUGAAGCAGCCCCUAGUGCCCAAGAAGGAACCAGAACCCCCACCCCGCAGAAGACUGAGCCGGGAGCAGCGGGGACCCUGGGCCCGAGAGGAGGAGCAAGCAGCAGGGAAGAAGGGGCUUCCAGAGGAGGCCCUGGCUCCAGAGAAGACCUCAAUCACUGAGAAAUCCCCUGUGUCAGAGAAGACAGCAGCGCCUGGCAAGGUAACCUGUAUCUCGCAGAAGGGGUCAGCCCCAGAGAAGACAUCUCCAGUUGAGAAGACAGCAGUGCCCAGGAAGAGAGGCAGCUCAGAGAAGAAGCCUGUUCCAGAAAACACAAGUGUCUCCGAUACGUCUCCGGCUCCUGAGAAAACAUCUGUGUCUGAGAAAACAGCAGCAUCAGAGAAGAGAUCCAUCUUGGAGAAAAAGUCAAUUCUAGAAAAAGCAAGUGUCUCUGAGAAGACGCCAGAGAGGAGAUUGGUGUCUGAGAAAGCAUCCAUCUUUGAAAAGUCACCGGUCUCAGAGACGAAGCCGGCCCCAAAGAGGGCAGUGGCCUCAGAGCUACCCCAGGCCUCUGGGAAAAGCCAGGCCACCACCAAGGAGCAGAGAGAAAAAGCCCUCCCUGAGGAGACCCCAUCUUCCUCACCAGACCCUCCAAAGGUGGCUUCCCGCCUCAAGCCCAUCUCUCUCCAGGUAAAAAUCCCCAGCAAGGAGGAAGAAGAAGACGACACAUUCUCCCCCACUCAGAUCACCUACAGCAGCUCCCUCAAACGCUCCAGCCCCAGGACCAUCUCCUUUCGGAUGAGCCCUAAGAAAGACAGCUCAGAAAAAGCCUUAACCCGCAGUGCCAGCGUGAGGCUGCCAGCCACCUCAGUCAAGCUGGGGGAGAAGCUGGAGAGAUACAACACAGCCAUACAGAGGUCAGCAUCGGUCAGGUCUCAAGGCUCCACCCGCACUGAGUUCUUUGUGGCUCCUGUGGGUGUGGCCAGCAAGCGCCACCUCUUUGAGAAGGAACUGACUGGCCAGAGUCGCACAGAACCAGCCUCCAGCCGGAAGGACAACUUGAGAUUGCCAGGGGUUGUGACAUCCAAGCUCAACUUGUGGAUCAGCAAGACUCAGGAGUCUGGAGAUCAGAACCCCCAGAAUGUACGGAAGGAGCUGGUGGCCACCAAGAGGACUCAGUGGGGAAAGAAAUCUGAUUCCUCCCUGGAUGUUGAGGUGUGACAAGCCCUGCCAAGACAGGCCUGCGAGUCUGUGUCUCGGGGCCCUUGCUCAUGGCAGGCCCCUGCCUCCUGCAGCGGUGUCCCUGUCUCUCACUGCCUCCAUUCCCUUCCUGCUCUGGACAUGUCUGGCCAGGACUCCUGGGGGCCAGAAAUAUCAGCAAUAGCUCCUUCUUAGCACAGCUGCUCCGGCACCUUCUUGUUCUGCUGUGGGCACAGCAGAUCCUGGGACCCAGCAGCAGCCUAGGACACAACACAGAUGCACGUUGGUGCUGUGGAGCCUCACUGUCCUACCCAGAGAUGUCCUUUACCCCUGCUCACUUCCAAGGGCAGAAGAGGGCUGUUGCAAGAACUCCAGGGUCACCUGCCUCAUAUGGUCCCAGUGAGUGCCUCCAUGUGCCUAUGGUGCUCCCACACUGAGGCCUGGACCUACCCACCGUAGUCCCUGGGCCUCUCCCAUCCUGCUGAGAUCAGGCCAGACUGUGAAGGAGAUGGCAUGUACCGUCCAUGUGCCCCACCCCCUGCCUGUUCUCCCCUCCCUUCCCUGGCAUGCUGCCUGGCUAGAAGCUCAGUGGCUUUUUGUGCAACUUUUUGUCCUGCCCUCUCUCAGAAAAAAAAAAAAAAA